AUGCAAAGCCGCAAAACCAACAUCCCUCGUCCUGUUCUACGCCACUCCACACAUUCACCCGCCUUCUUACCCUUCCUUCCACGCUCGAUGUUCCAGUACAGAACGAACCCAAUCCUCCCCGACACCAUCACCCUCUACCCCGCGCCAGGAACUACAGCGCACAUAGCGAAACCCAUCAAGCCACUAGAGUCAUUCUGCCGUGACAGACUGGGCGUGGCUUUGCGUUUGCACUGCAAUCUCUAG